GCAGGCGCGCUGCGGGUCCGGGCGGCGGUGACGGCGGCGCGGUUGCGCUCAGCGCUCGCCGCCUCUCCCCGCGGCGGCCCGGGCGCUCCGUCCUGCCCCGGCCACCGGCUUGCGCCGCGUCCCACCUGCUGAAGGAGGGGCCGUCCCGGCCGUCCCGCGGAAGGGCGGAUUUGCCGCCUUCCCGUUCGGUCCCCUUUCUCCGCCGCCGCACGCGUGACGCCUUUGUCAGGCUCCGGGCCCUCGGCUGGGCCCGCUCCUCCGCCUGGGGCCAUGGCCGAGCAGACGGGCUUGGCGCUGCCGCAGACGAUGGACAGAAGCUGCUGGGUUUGUUUUGCUACCGAUGAGGAUGAUCGGACAGCAGAGUGGGUGAGACCCUGCAGGUGCAGGGGCUCCACCAAAUGGGUGCAUCAGACUUGUCUGCAGCGCUGGGUGGAUGAAAAGCAAAGAGGAAACAGUACUGCUAGAGUUGCUUGUCCUCAGUGCAAUGCAGAAUAUUUAAUAGUAUUUCCAAAGCUAGGUCCAGUUGUUUACGUUUUGGAUCUUGCAGAUCGCCUGAUCUCAAAGGCAUGUCCCUUUGCUGCAGCUGGUAUCAUGGUGGGCUCUAUAUACUGGACAGCUGUUACGUACGGAGCGGUGACGGUCAUGCAGGUUGUGGGUCACAAAGAAGGUCUUGAUGUGAUGGAGAGAGCUGAUCCUUUGUUCCUUUUGAUUGGCCUUCCUACUAUCCCAGUCAUGCUAAUACUGGGCAAGAUGAUCCGCUGGGAGGACUAUGUGCUCAGACUGUGGCGCAAAUAUUCUAAUAAGCUACAAAUUUUGAACAGCAUAUUUCCAGGCAUUGGAUGUCCUGUUCCUCGUAUUCCAGCAGAGGCCAACCCUUUGGCAGAUCACGUCUCUGCCACGCGUAUUCUGUGUGGAGCUCUAGUCUUCCCUACUAUUGCCACAAUAGUUGGCAAGCUGAUGUUCAGCAGUGUUAACUCAAAUUUACAAAGGACAAUCUUGGGUGGAAUUGCUUUUGUUGCUAUAAAAGGAGCUUUUAAGGUUUACUUCAAGCAGCAGCAAUAUUUGCGCCAAGCUCACCGCAAAAUUUUAAAUUAUCCUGAACAAGAAGGAGCGUAAGGCUGUAACCUCCAGAUGUCACAGAGUCUCACCUAACAGGUUUCCAUGUUGUAUUGGUUCCAUUGUUAUUGCACAGUAGUGGAAAAUUGUGAUAAGUUGCUGCUCCUCUAUUUUUUUUUUUCUUUAAAUACAAUAAAGCACUGUCUUGUGGCAGGGUAAAUCCUUUCAGCAACCACUGAACCUGAGAAUGUGAUUUAGCUUUCAUUAUUUUUUGGGUAUUUCUGUUGGGCAAUAGGCUUUUGAAUUAUUUUCUUUAAGCCAAUAUACUGAAUGGGAAAAAAAUCAACUACAGAACAUUUUAAGUGUAGUUAGGUAAGCUAUAUCCAAAUGCCUUUUCUAUAGGUAUUUUCAUACCCUCGCUGUCAUUCAGUUUAGCAUUUCACACAGUGAAGGGAGAUUGUUUUACAAGGGGAAUGUGAGUCAUUACCAAGGAGAAAUAAUUUUCCUUGGGUUUUGCUGGUAUCAAAUGGGGGAGCGUGAAGUACCCAAAUGACAGAGAAAGCAGAAGAUGAUCACUCCCUACAGGACUUGUAUGUCAGCUUUAACCACCUAAAUGUUAGGUGUUAAAAUCAGCAUGGCUUUCAGGUGACUCUUUUAUUACUGGUAAUUUUCAGUGUCCUGUUGUAUCUUCUGCAGUGCCUAGUGUCAUUUUCUCAUGGCUUUACUGGUUUGUAACUGGUGCUGGAUAGCAUUUUUUCCUCCACAGUAAAAUAAUUACAAGGGGGAAAUAAAUUUCAGUUGCUUAUUUUGUAGUUAAGUAUUAGAGACUUGUUUAGUUUCCAUAUUCCUUUAUGUUGUGUAAAUACCCACAGAAACCCUGUGAGAAAGCAGCAUUGAACACUAAAGCUCCAUUUGAACUGCCAGAGCAGGGCAUCCCCUGAAGCAUUCAUACCUGAGUGUGUAACUCAGCUGUGCUCAGGACUAGGCUCCCUGCCCUAGUGGAAGUGCUGGCUGCAGGGGGCUGACGCUACACUUUGGGUACCUGAGCUGAGCAUCCUGCCAGCAGGGUACUUGGCUUAAGGUAACUUUGCUCCAUUUUGUAAAACACUAAGGAUAAAUCUUAAAUGUGUAAUAAAGUUUAUGUAGACAGUAAGUUUUACUGUUCCCAUAUGUCUAAAGUAGUCAGCUGAGGGAGACAUUAGCACUUCCAUUAUUUGAUGUAUUUCCAAACCUAAUUUCAACAGAAAUUGACUGUUCUGUGAAGUUAAAUUCUGACAAACGUAAUAUGGCCAUUGCAUAUUCAUACCAGACCUAAUCUGGAUUUCAUAUUUGAAGUUCUUUCUUAAGAACAAUUUCUUUGUUUUUCUCCAAGUUUUUUCUUGUUCAUAUUAGUAUGUCAAAUGCAUGAAGAAUAGCUUAAAAAAUCUUUGAGUAGAAUUAUUCAUAAGUAAAUAUUUCUUUUCACCAGAAAUUAAGUAAAUGCAGAAUGGACUUCCUAUUUGACUGCAAUAAUGUAUGUUAGGAGAAAUUCAAAGUAAGGUACCUUUUCUAUAGUAUGUUUAUCUUAAUUACCAAGAUGUAAUAUUUUAAAACUGUACAGAAUUGUAUAUAAAGGCCAAUUAGUAUUAAAAACCUAUACAGGUGUUAAAAAUUAUACACUCAAUCAAUAUCAAAUACUUUUGAGGCUCUUGCUGUAAUGGAAGAAUUACUAUAACCUUGUAAGUCUGCUGAUUAUAUUUGUCUUAGUGGGCUCACUUUUAUAUAAAACCUAAACUGAGUAGCAGCCUCUGAAAGUUGCUACACUCUGUAAGAUAGUCUUGAAACAAUAUAAUAUGUAUUUCUUACAGAAUUCCUCGUUUCAAGAAAACAGCUUUUCUGUGGUCUUCACUGUAUAUAUUUCCAAACAAUUUGUUACUGUUUUUUAAAGUUUCAUGGAGAAAAUUGAAUGAUGCUAAUUAGUGGGUUUGAAACUUGUUUAAUGGGAAAGCUCAUUGUCUUCUCUGGAAGUUGAAGCUAUUGUAAAAAUACAAUUAUAAAAUACUGUAUGGACUGUAAGAUGAUUUCACAUGAGUGGUUAAAGGUCAUUACUCUGUAAAUCUUGUUUUUAAGUAUGGAAAAUUGUAGUUAUGGUGAAUUAGGUUGAAUAAAUAUUUUUUACACUC